UGUAUCUAUUGCUAAUGGUUUCUCUUCAGGUAACAGUUUUUUGCAUGCAUUUUUUGGUAAAACGAGGAGGGGCGACGCCAAAGCUGUAACUUGCUUAUACUUGUAGAGUAUAUAAAGGUGAUUCGGCAGGCGCAAGGCGCCCGUGUAAUAGUGAGUCAGAGCACGCGUGUGUAACAGUGUAUAGAAAACAAAAAUCGACAAAAAAAUACAAAAUAAAAAAGUAGGCAUCGAGUUAUCCGGAACCGUAAACAUAGAAACUUUGAUUGGGUCAUGAGUUUCCUGCCGGGGGAACCGGUUCCGCCCGGUUUCGAGGACGACAAUGAGUCCCAAACGGCGGUGAUCCAAAAGCAGAUCGAUAGCUAUACUGGUGGUCCUCUAAUCGGGACCGAGUACACCAUUGAACUGCACGAGGCGGGCCAACUGCGUCCGGAAUACUUUUGUGUGCUGUGCCAGUAUUGCACGGACGGCAGGAACGUUUUUGUGCACUGGACAUCUCUGGCUCACCGCACUAAAUACCUGAAAACACAUUUCCACAAGGCACACGAAUUGCUUGAGAAGCUGAAACGUGCCCCCAAGAGCUCCGGGGAUCUUGUGAUUGCCACCGGCAAUUUGGUAAAGUCGAUUGAGAAGCAUUAUGGAAGAUCGCGCGACUUGAUUACUAAAUCGGCCGAGGAUUUCCGACGAUUUCGGGCCAAAAUCUGCAGUCAGGUUCGAGAUAAUUUCCAUUUCGAUGAGUGUGCUGGCCCAGAUUUCACAGAAGAGGCUCAACGCCUCUUGCGCGAACUGAAUCCAGGCUUGGCCACCAAAAACAGCAACGACGAAAACGGUGACAAAAAAAACGAGCAGAAUGAUGGCAAUAUAAUCUCCUUAGAUGCCAUCUCCAGUGAGGAUGAGAACUUUGGCGGCCCAUCGAAUCCGGCUGUCCAGGUGCCAAAGGCGCAACUGCGUAAGAAGAACAAAUUAGCCGAAGACGCCAGCGGACGUGGCGCAAAUCGCUCACCACCGCCACCCGGUGGUGUGGCAAAGACCCAGCACUUGCCCACGCCCAAGGAGCUGUCUAUUCAGGCUUCUCAGAUUGCCCAAGAGCGUUACAAAUGGGAGAAGUUUCGUUGCAUGUUAGAGCUUCAGCUCAAACAGCUGCGCGAUGAAACGGAGACUUAUGAGUCCAAUCCCGAGAAACAUCCGGACUACCCGGAUGAGUGGAAACAGUUCUGGAAUCGGCGCUAUAAGCAGCUGCAGGAGGAAAAGAAGUGUGAUCCAAAUCAAUACGACUACAAGCCGGAAUGGAUUACCUACUGGAAGGAUCGACGGAUCGAGCUGUUUAACAUUUCAGUAAAUAAAAUCAAAAAGGAUCUUAAGGAAAAGUUUAAGCUUAGCGAAGAGGACGAGGAGAAGACCAAAGAGCUAAUGGAGCGCUACAAGAUCCGUGUGGCCAGUCCACGUGAAGCGCCAACCAACGCCAUUGUCGUCAAUCGUCGCAAGCAGAACUUUCGCAACAAUCGGUCGGCGGGUUCGUCUGGAGCGCCGGAAGCGGUCAUCGAUAUCAGCGAUGAUGAGGUGUCAAAUCCGGCGCCCCGUGGUCGGGGUCCUUACAAUCGGCGUUCCAUCUCCCGUUCAUUGUCUCCAAAGCGAGCAGUGGGACGUCGUCCCAUGCGACGAUCACGUAGCCGUUCGCCGCGUCGUAAUUUUCGACGAAGACCUUCGCGUUCCCGCUCGCGUUCUCGCAGCCUGAGACGCAGAUCUCGCUCCCCACCGUUUUAUCGAGGCCGCGAUCGUCGUGGUCCAGCUUCUAGGGAGCGUGCCUUGUCGCCCGGUCCCAGGGAUUUCGUCGAUCGCCGCAGCUUAGAGCUGGAGAGGGAGAGAGAGCGAGAACGUGAACGUUCUCCCGAGUAUUAUUUGCGCAACGAUGGUUAUGCACGAGCACCACGCUACGAACAUGUCGAGACCUUCCGCGUAAUGGAUUCCCGAGUGUAUCCCGAGUACAAUAUGCCCAAGGUGCGUUCGCUUUCGCCAGCCGUCUCGUCCAUCAAAGAAAAGGAACCGUCGGAGCCCGUCGAGGAGGGCCCACUGACCGUUGUCAGUGUCCUGCGCAUGCUGUCGGCUGUAGAGGAGCACUUGGGCAGCCUGGGGCCCAAGGCCCUCAAUCUGCUCAGCAAGGCUCUGGCCAUGGAGAUGGUUCAGCCGAAUUCCGCUGACGAUUUGCUGCUGAACGAUGACCAUUGUGUUUUUCUUGAGACCACUAAGGAAAAGCUAAAGGGCAUCCUCAUCGCCGAGGUCCUUGACGAUCCGCAAAAAGUGCGCGUGGUCAAGAAAUUGAUCACCAACAUAGCGAACAUCAUUCACCAGGUGAACGCCAGAGGUGUACCAGAUGUCGCCGAGGCCAAGGUCAAGGCGAACGCCAAUUCAUCGCCUUUUCAGCUGCCAUUCGACCGGAACAUGGUGGCCCCCAAGCUGGCAAACGUUUUGGUACUCAAAGGAUACUACGACGUGACCACCAGCGACAUGAACAAUUUGCUUCACUUGCUAACGCUGCUGGUGAAGACGGAUAAACAACGUCGCCAGGUGGAUAAGAAUGGCCUGACAUUUGACGAGAUUCUGUUAAAGCUCAGCCUGAAAGAGACACCAGAGGAUAGCUUGGGCAUCGAUUUGGAUGAGCUAAUGAAAGAGGUGGAGAACCAGCUAAAUAAGGAAACCGUGGAUGCGGUAGGUUCCGGUUCGGUAGCAGCGACCAAGGCUCAACCUGAUGCAUCCGUUGGCAGCAAUGGCAUGGAGUCGCUGACCGACUCCGAUCUGCAGACCCUACUACAGAACUUCAAGUUUCUUUCUAACGAGGAGCAGGUGCAUCUCAUUGGCCAUUUGCGCAAGCUGGAGGUCCAGGAGCCAUCGCGCGUCGAGCGCCUGCGCAAGUAUGUGAACCUGGCGGAGUUGAGUGGCGAUGGCGAAUCCUGUAGUGAUUUCCUCUCGCGCGUGGUGAAUAUUGGUGGAGUAACAAAGGCGGUAGAGAAAACCAAGUCAAUGGCUUCGAUAUCGGGGGGCAUGGCCUCUUACUCGGGCGCCACCAUCGCCUCGUCCUCUUCUUCGAUUCCAGCCCUCGCAUCGCUGACCACUCGGCGUCAAAGCACGGAUCGCGAGCGAGAACGCGACCUGUCCAAUCUGCCGAUGAACAAGCAACGACGUGAACGAAACACGCCCAGUUUCAUGAUCGAUGAUGACGACGAUGAUGAAGAUGAUUACAACUUUGACGAUCUAGUGAUGAAGGCCUGUGACUCGAACGGCGGUGGAGGUGGUGGUGCUGGCGCCAAUAAGGUAGGAGGUCCGCCUGUUAUACCCGUGGAAUCAUCGCCAAAUGCCCUCACCUUUAAGCCAGCUGCUGUUCCCAAGAUAUCGCUGAAGGACACCGAAAGCAUUAUUGCCAACCUAAUGGGCACCUUGAGCAAGAGCGGAAGUUCUGCAGGAUCGAGUAGCUCAUCCGUGGGUAAUCGCAACUACAUGAUGAACCACCAACAGCAGCAGCAGCAACAUGCGCCUAACCCGCCUAAUAUCAGCCAAAAGCCAGGCCAGAAUCAUCAUGGCCAACAUCAAUCCGGAGCAGGAUACGCCAAUCAAGGCUAUCCAUCGCAGCAGCAGCAGCAGUUGGGCCGCAGUUUUAAUCAAGAGCUGCAUCAACAAAUAAACAGCUUAAGCGCUGGACCCGAUCCCAGUCAGUUUUCUAAUCCGCAAGCCUACGGUGGAUAUCAUCCGUAUGCAGGCAAUGGUGUGCAGCAGAACUACAAUGCGGGCAUAGGAGACGGACCCGGUCAAGGGCCUGGUCAAGGCGGCUAUGGUGGACCCAUAAACCCGUGGGCUAAUAACGGGCCGCCGCAGCCACCAUAUAACCAGAUGCCUCAGAACUUCUUAGGCGCACAGCAGCAGCAGCAGCCACAUUAUAACAACAUAUUCGGAGGACGUCAUUAGAAUUCAAUUAGUCGUAGGUUCUAAAAGUUAAAUCAUAAAGAUUUAAAAAUAAAGUUAACCGGAGUCAAUCCAUUGAAGUGCCCGUGUAUGCGCGAUUCUGUUACCAGACAAGUGAUUUAAAAACCUUUUUUUUUUCAAACUUAUGAAUACUGCUGCUGUUAAAAAGCCAAAAUUUCAAAAAUCGUUAAGCAAGGAGCAUCACAAAUCAGAACGCUUGUAUCUGAACAGCAAGAGAAUAAAGAAAAGCAAAUGUUAA